AUGGACCCCUCCAUUUCCGCAGCCCAAGCUGGCGGAGAUGCGCCCCCACCAAGAGAUGCGUUCCCACCAGGAGAGGCUACCAAGGGAAAGCCGACCAUGGUUACUAUCGACGAGCUGGCUGAUAUGUUGGAGAAGGGCUCCCUUUAUGACCACCCAGAGGGCAUGAAGACAGAUUCUUCUACCACCCUUGUCAAGGCAUACAUGCUCAAGAAUGAACCUGAAUUUGGACGGCUGAUGGAAUUUCGAGUUCGGGGAUGGGUUGAGAACAAGGCCAUGGGAGAUGCUUUCUUCAAGCGGCAGCGCGAGAGAGCCGAUACCGCGGAUGAAGAGGGCGAGAACAAAUUCUACAACAUGAUGCUGCAGAUCGCGGAUGAAAUGCAUGAGAUGACUGGAGCUUUCGAUCUGACUGCCCACGACGAAGAAGGUAUCAAGGUCCUGGAUAUCUGCAUGGCCCCUGGAGGAUACACACGCGCAGUUCUCAAGAAGCACAAGAUGGCUAAAUGCUAUGCCAUUACACUUCACCCCAAGGAUGGCGGCCAUAUCAUCAGGAUGCAUACCAAGCUUCUGGCUGGCCUUCGAUUCGCAGACGUCACUAUGCUAAAGAACGAGUUUUGGGAUGACAGACAGAUCCCGGCUACGCAUCCGAGCCCAUCAUCUUUCAUUGGUCUCCGGCCUUUCAAGCAUGAUCAAUUUGACCUGGUCUUCUGCGAUGGCAUGGUUCUGCGGACCCAGAAUCGACCAUCCUGGCGUGAGGAGAAUGAGGCCAAGCGCCUGUCAUGCUCGCAGCUGCUCCUUUCUCUGAAGAGAGUCGUUAGCGGAGGUACCAUUAUCAUGCUUCUGCACAAGAUCGACGCUUGGCCCUCGACUCAGAUCCUGUAUGUCUUCAGCAAGUUCGCCAAAGUUGAAGUCUUCAAGCCUGUGAAGAAGCACGGUACACGUUCAUCCUUCUAUAUGAUCGCCAAGGAUGUCCAAGCCGAUAGUGAAGCUGCUCUAACUGCGAUUGAGGACUGGAAGCAGGACUGGUGGAAGGCAACUUUCGGCGGUCCGGGUGGUACUGGUGAAGUAGCGGAGGAUACGCCAGAGAGUGAGGUUUUGAAGGUGUUGGAAGAGUUUGGUCCGCGUCUUAUUGAGAUGGGCCAGCCGCUCUGGAAGAUUCAAGCUGAUGCACUGAGCAAGACCGACUAUGCUGGCACAGGAUCUGCAGCUGGCGAGUGGGCUGGUCCGUCGACUCCUCGGCGUCCCUCUGAUUCGAAGAAUUGGAAGGAGAACAUCCGUCCUAUGAGUCCUUCUUCGUCCGAGUAA